AUCGGAACUGAUUCGGAAUACAUCGUCUUGUCGAAAAAAAUGAAAUAGAUUCAACUAGAACACUUCAGUGAUUUUUACAGUUCAUCGACCUUAAGCACUAUUAAAAUGUUACAUAUUUGAAUUCUAAUUAAUAAUAUAUUGAACAUUUAAUGUCUCAUUUGGCUUUUCGCCCUGUUGACAACAAAAUCUAAAUAAACCUAAUAUGUUCGAUUGCUAGCAGGGUAUAUGUUCGACGAGUGUUUGUUUGUUUAAGCCAUUUGUUUAUAUCCGAAUACAAACUUCGUGGAAGAUCAAAUUGGCAUGAUAUGGUGGCUCCAUUUCCUUUGGCGAAGCUCCUCACUUUGGUGAUGCGACAAACUGCGAAGCCAGUCGCAAAGGGUAUCAAGUCUUUGGCAAGGAAGAAUGCUGUCUUCAGAAAGUACAUCUGUGUCCUACCAGCGCAAAGUGAGUGUUAAUUAUCGUCUAUUUUGUACAUGAAACCACUGAGGUUAAGUUAUUAUUUAAUACUGAUUGACAAUUUAUUGUGAAUUUAAUGUCCAGGGUCUCCAGGCGACGUAAAUAUGUGGUCUGUAUAAGUCUCAAUCAGUAUUAAACCAAAGCUGGGUGAUAUAAAUUUUCCCACUAUUUAAAGUCUGAUAUAUAUGUCCCAAAUUAUAUUUUUACUGUAUAAUUGUUACAUUUUACUGCCCGUUCUGCUCAUAUCAUCUGGGAUUGGCCUGGUAAACUGGGCUUGCAAGUAGCAAGAUCUAUAUGUUUUUACAUAUUUUCAAGAUUUGAUUCACAUGGGAUUAUGGGUAUAGCCUGGUUUUCUGGGCUCCCAUUUGAGUGCGGUGAGAUCCCAACUCCCCAGGCUCUGAAUAUGAAUGUGUCACCCUGAUAAACUUGGCUGGAAAUGAUGUCACACUGCAUGUUUUGUCUGCCAAAAGCCCCCCAAAAAGUCAAAGUAAGUAAGUAACUAACUAACUAACUAACUAACUAUUAAUUAAGCAACUUUAUUUAUUUAAAGAGGGAAGCAUGUGACAGCAGCCUUUAUUCACUAUAUAACUGGGUGGGUAAUUGCCCACCCAGAAAUUGGAUUUGCCCACCCAGCCACAUUAAUUCUGCCCCUGAAAAUUCACCCACUUUUUUCCCUAUAAAGACAGGUAAAGAAAGAUUAAUUUUAUGUGCCUUUUUUAUGUGCUAAAUACUUUACUUGGUGAUUAUGGGUUAAAAUCUGCCUUUUUCCCCCUUCACUUUUUGAUUCGUAAACGGAAGAUUGGAGAACUUUCUCUCAAGUGAUAUAUAUGUAUAUAAUGCUCAGGGGCUACCCAUUGAUUAAACCGGAAAUUUUUUGCACAACAUUUUACUAUUAUUUGUCGGUUUUCAACAGUUUGUUGAUACAUCUACAUUUAAGAUAUCAUGAUAGAAAUUUCUCCAUCUUGCGCUUUUGGGUAAAACUUGACAUCCGAUAUUUUUGCAGUCUUAAAGAAUUUUUUUUUACUUUUGUCCCUCCCCCCCUCCCCCCGCCCCCAGGUAAAAUUCCUUAAAAGACACUGCACGCUAGUAUUCCAAAGACUGAUAACCUAGUGAUAAACAAGUAUGUAAGGAAUUAACAAAAUGAAGACUCAUAACACCAUUGUGAGCACUUGCUUGUCCGGCAAAGCAGGCCAGCCCGGUGGUUAAAUUUUUUGCAGCUGCACCUGGUUAGGCCUAAAAUUGCAUAUAAUAUUCCACUCAAAAUUUCCACAGGGCAAACUAGGAAACAUUGUUGCUGAAACAUUGUUGCGGAAACAUUGUUUCGCCAUGUUUCCAUGAGUGGGCAAACACUAAGAAACAUUAGCGAGAAACAUAGGGAAACACCAAAUGUUUUUGAAUACACCUUUCCCCUUUUAAGUGAGAUUUUGAUCUAGACAAGUCUGGACAAAAAUUUCAUCACAGCUUGAAAGAGCACUGCAAAAUUAGUAAUAUUCCGUAAUUUCGUAAGGUUGCAAAAUGUUGUAAAAUGCGGAUAAUAUAGCCUUGCAAAGUUUGCCGUUUUUCAGUCAUUUUGUAUUACAAACGGGAAAUUGAUAAUCAGAUGAUCAAACUGAUUAUCAAUUUCCCGUUUGUAAUGCAAAAUGACUGAAAAACGGCAAACUUUGCAAGGCUAUAUUAUCCGCAUUUUACAACAUUUUGCAACGAAACUUCGGAAUAUUACUAAUUACAAAUUGUGAUGCUCUUUCAAGCUGUGAUAAAAUUUUUGUCCAGACUAGUGUAAAUCAAAAUUUCACUUAAAAGGGGAAAGGUCUAUUCGCAAGGAAACAUUUUUGCUGCCCGGGAAGCAAAUUUUGUUUCCGCAACAAUGUUUCCACGGGUGGGCAAACAGGGAAACAUUUGAGGGAACAUCGAGAAUCACAAAUGUUUCCACAACAAUGUUUCCUAGUUUGCCCAGGGCUUAAGUUCUAUCGAGCGAGAGCCCAAGGUGGUAAUGUCAAAGGCUGAUCAUGUAAUGUAAGGCCUAAAAAAAUACCUGUGGUUCCGGUUUCAUAUCGUAAUAGGGUUGAAUUGCAGCUGCAUUCCCUUGGUUAGACAAUCUUCUGCUUGAAAUUCCAUCUACAAAAACCAUUCGUCAUGAUAUAGCCUAACAUGGCAUAAUUAUGACAGAUGAGCAUGAAAAGAAUGAAAGAGAUUUGCCUAACCCUGAGGUAUACUCCUUAAAAUUUUGCUCUGGGGAUUGGCUGUUAUCCAAUCAGAAAUCAUGAAUUCUUUAAAAUAAUAAUUAUUGAACAAUACUGUGAAUCAGUUUGAUUUUUAGGGGGGUUUUAUUUCUCUACAUCUCUAGCAUCCUAGUCCACUGUUUUCUUUUUUUCUUGUGUGUUUCAAACUGCCCUUGCCUCUUAAUUAUUAACUCAUUUAUCUGUGACUAUAUGCACCUAACAAUCUAUUUCAGGUGUGAGCACUCUCCCCUUGAUGAGUAAAGUUAUCUGGUGCUAGACAAAGUAAAAUAAGAAAGUUGGGCGGAUUAGUGCGUAAUACAACUCAAUGGGUUAAAGGGCUAAUUUUAUUAUUUUGCUCUCCUUGUUUUACUCCAGGUGAUAUUCGGUCGUUCCAGAAAAGAUUCACACUUUCCCUAGUCCCCACAGACAAAGUUUUGGCUGUCUGGAGGGGGUGGGAAAAUAAUUUGUUUCUGAUAAUAAUAGUAAGUGGGGAGGUAUGGAUGUUUUCUGGAAUGACCCAUCACUCAUAAAAGGGGAAAGUGUUGGAUAUUACAUGUAAUUGUUGGGAGUUGGGACAGGUGUAAUGCGCUCGUGGCUGUUAACAUGUUGUUAAUCGGCACAAUGUAUACGUAACCUGGACAUUUUCCUCAUCAAGAGGCUAGGAAUUAGUGUUGCGUCUUAUAAAUGUGUUAACCCAUUAAGCUGCAAUGUAUUCAAAUGCGCCCUAACUCUGUCUAUUAAAUGCCAGCCGAUUAAAUUCGUCAAGGAGAGAGUCUUGAGCUUUAAUGGGUUAACCAAAGAAUAUACAGUACCGCUCGCGUAUAUCUUAACAUACGAUACGCGUAUGAUACGCGUAUGAUACGCGUAUGAUACGCGUAUCAUACGAAUACGCGUAUCAUAGAAUACGCGUAUCAUACGAAUACGCGUAUCAUACGAAUACGCGUAUCAUACGAAUACGCGUAUCACACGAACGCGCGUAUCAUACGAAUACGCAUUACAAACAAAUAUUAGGCCGCUAUAAAAGUAAUAAAAGAUGUGAUUUAUAUAGCGCACUGCAAAUACGCAUAUCAUAUACACGCUAUUAUAAUUCGCCUAUUAAUUCGGAUACAGGUAAUCUGCACAUACACGUAUAUUGGGAGUUCUAAACAAAGCUAUAUACAACACAAUAUUCAAUAAGCAUCAACCUAUUGUAUAGGUGCUGAUAAUAGUAAUAAUUGUUGAUUAAAUAACUUGGGCCAUCGCCUGUUUUGUGAACAUUACUUUCAGAUUGUUUGUAGAUACGGAGACAACGCUGUUACAAUUUCCUCAGGACCUAUAUUCUAUAGACUAUCUAAUUAAAACGUCGUGCAUGGUGUCUUAAGCGGCAGCGUAAUCGGCUCUAUAUUGUAUCGAAGAGAGCACUUACUACCUGAACGGAGUUUUCUUGUAGUGCCUAUGCGACAAUUUUUUUUAUGAUUGAAUUGCAAAGUUCAUUUAAAAUCAUAAUAUAACUUAAAUUGUUUUCUAAAACUUUGUAUUCUUUCCUCUUUUCGACUUUGUUUGAUAUACAAAUGUGACUUAACGUCACACUGCAUAAUGAGUUUUUAGAAAGAAAACGUUUCCUUGCCAAACAUGACAUUGAAAGUGAUACACUUUAAGAGCUACCAUGCAAAGCGAUCAUUAAUUUAAGCGAUCAUUCAUCUGUAAAUUUGAGAUAAUGAGAAUUUUAACAAGCUACAACACAGUCUUCUGUAAAACGCAUUAUGCAGUGUGACGUCAUUUAAGUCACAUUUGUAUAUCAAACAAAGUCGAAAAUCUUGACAUACAGGAAAUAUUACAAAGUUUUAGAAAACAAGUUAUAUUAUGAUUUUAAAUGAACUUUGCAAUUCAAUCAUAAAAAAUUGUCACAUAGGCACGAAUAUACCGUAGUAUAUAAGUUUACCAUAUUAUUAUACCCGUAUAUCCUAAUAUAUGCGCGUAUCCCGUAAUUUUUAUGGAUUUGGCUUUUUAAAACAUGCAUGACCGUUUGAGCGUUCCACAAUGAAACAUACUGAAACUAUUAAAGAUGUAAAUAAUAUGGUAUUGCAAUAUUGCAAUGAUUUCAAUAUUGUUUUGGUUUCACUAUACACUACUACAAAUAAACAUAAAUUAGAAACACGUAUUGAUAAAGAGAAUAAUUUUAUAUUUUAUCGUUGUUUUGUCUUGACCUGAGUCUGUCAGUUGUCACCAUUAGCAAUUAUAGCUUCAAAUCUGUUGUCACUCGCACGUUUUCGCCACAUAUAAAUAGUAUAGAAAAUGCUUCCAAAUUUAACAUCCUAUAAGCGUCUAUCCUAGGUUUAGGGCGUGUAUCCUAGGUUUAGUGAAAUUGUAAUUGUCAGAUACACACCUAUUGUAUUUACGUUUGAUACGCGUAUAUGCGAGUAUCAAAAUGUAGUUUUGAUCGUAGUCGAUACGUCGACACGCGUAUUCAUAUGAUACGCUACGCGUAUGAUUGCAUACGCGUAUUCAUUGAUAUCAUAUGCGUAUUCGUAUGAUACGCUACGCGUAUCAUACGCAUAUGAUACGCGUAUUCAUAUGAUACGCUACGCGUAUGAUACGCGUAUGAUACGCGUAUUCAUAUGAUACGCUACGCGUAUGAUACGCGUAUCAUACGCGUAUCAUACGCAAAAAAGUGUUAAGAUAUACGCGAGCGGUACUGUAGUAACUAAAGGUAUCUUGUUAACCCAUUAAGCUGCAGUGCACCCAAAUGAGCCUAACUUUAUUUAAUUUACUCUGUCUAAUGCCAGACGUGUUUCUCAUCAAGGGAAUAAUCUUGCACUUUAAUGGGUUACCCAGACCAUAAUUUGUAGAUUUGCUCGUGACCAAUCAGCUGUGAUGUACUGAUGUGCUUCAGUGCUCCCUACUUUCAAACUGUCAUUGUACUCUGUCGAACACCCUGCGAAUCCUCUAGCAAGCGCUGGGGGCUUGUUCAUUUUGGGCACUUUUCAGGGAGGAACAUGUAGUAAUUAGAAAUGCAUUAAUAAUUAAACCAACAGGAACAACACUUUGCCUACAAGCUCUUUUUGCAGAACACUUAGGCUUAACAUAAUGAAAUUGCCAUCUGGUCAUGAUCCAGGACGUACUAAGGCCAAUGGAACUGUAGAUUCUGUUUACCGUCCACCGCCCGGAUGUGCUUGAAACUACCGCAAGAAUUUUUCAUUAUUCUUAAUUAUUUUCAUUAUUCGUCAUUAUUUUUAAUUCUACGCAUCGAAACUUUCAAAUAUAUAUCAAAUCAUCAAAUAUUCGAUAUAAAAAGCCGUACAUCGCUGAUGUAUGAUGGAUCAGUCGGCAUUUGUUCGGUACACUUGGAAAUUCGCGAGUCUGACAUGUGCAAAUUCGAAAACAAUGGCGUAACAAAGAAAUUUUCAGCAAGGGAAAGGCCAAAAAUGAUAAAAAGAAUGGUGGACAUAAGUGUUGAUGAUCGAGAUCAAAAGAAAACGAUUUAAGGAUCAUUUUUGGUCGGAAAAUAGAUAAUAACAAAAAUAAUGAAAAAUGAAUAAUGAAAAAAAACCGCAUCAGAUUUUUUAAAUUCUCGGACGGUAAACAGAAUCUACAGUUCCAUUGGCCUAACGUAAAAACGCGCAUGUUGUUCCAGAUCUGCACAUGCAAACAAGUUGCAACUUACAAGGUUUUUGUGGCCACUGCUUGUUCCCAGUUGUUGUGACAAAUCUGGAACGAGUUGUUAUCACCUCGUUAUAAGGUUGAUGAUGGUAAUGGACUUGCUACAAGUUGUUCCAACAAGACUAAUACAGGCUGUUCGUAACAAGUUGCUAGGAGCUUGCUAUAGGGAGUGUGCUGUGAAAUAUCUGUAUCUGUAUCUGUUCCAACAAGACUAAUACAGGCUGUUCGUAACAAGUUGCUAGGAGCUUGUUGUCUCAACUUUUUAACAACUUGUUACGUGCAUACGAUAUCAGACUUUUUGAAACAAUUUUAUUUGUUACGAUACAAGGGAGUAUUAUUAUUAUCAACCUUGUCACAACAAGUGCGAACUGCAUCUUAUUGACGAGAAGCUGUGAGAUUUUUACGCGUCGCGAACACUUCCUUGGCCUGGGAGAAUCGCUCUCAUGAAUCAAUGCGAAAGGAAAUUCGCUCACGCUUUAUGAGAGUGUACGUUUCGGUCCAAGGAUUGCAAGGAUUGUGACAUAAGUUUCACCAUGGAUAAUAAAAUAAAUGGAUAGGACUCUAGCUGACGUGACCUAAUGUUUUCAAUGGGCUGAUGGCGUGGUUGCAUAUUGAAACCUAGUUGCAAACCAAAUUCUCAAAAACGGCAUGUUUAGCAAUAAUACAGCUAAACAUUUUAGUCAAAGAGCAAAUGAAUAUAACUACGCCAUUCUACGAUGAAAAUCUCUAAGUAUUCCCAGUCAAUUUUACUGAAAUAUUUCAAGCACUAAACAGUGAAAAAGGCAUCCCAAAUUUCGUUAAAAUUGGGGACGCCAAUUUCGUAGCUACAAAGGUAAAAAAAUACAAAACAAAGACGAAAAACAUUAACCUUGAAUACUUUGUCGUGGCUUAGGCAUGUUUUUAAAACAAUUAGACCGGUUUAUGCUUCAAUAUUGCUCUUUUAAGGCGGAAAAUAUAGCGAAACAACAAAAAUGCAGAAAACUUUGCAAUACGCGUGACGUCACAGAUUGCAACUAGGUUGUUUUUGCUUACGUCAGCGAGAGUCCUAUCCAUUUAUUUUAUUAUCCAUGGUUUCACAACAGCUCAAUCGUGGCAAAAUGGCUCCAGUAAAAGUGAAGAUAUUUUCAAUUCACGCCGUAUACAGUAAUGCAGGUACUUUUAUAAUACAAAAGUGUACAGUACUUUCGAGUCCAAAAUUAAAAGUUUCGCAUACAAGACAAUUGGUUCGAGAAUCGAUGCUACACCCACAAAUCAUAUUAUCAACCAAACAAAAAGUUUGGAUUCACCGACUUCGCGGAAGAAACCAGCUAGUUUUAAAUGUACGCCUCGUGGAAGCUCGCACUGCUUUACACAUGUCACUUUUAUGAGUCAGUCAAUGCUUUAGUCAGUCAAACCCGUGACCCGAACGUCGUAGGUUUUCUCCGGGUACACCGGUUUCCUCCUACAGGGAAUGUUAAUUGACAGGUUGGGUUGGGAUAAGCCCCACACUGGCCCUUCCGCCGCAUCUGUGCUCUGUGAUCAGAGAUGAGUACUCAUCAGAUGGCUGCCGAAGGCGCCUUUAGAGGGUCGGCACGAAGCUCUAGGAAGAUGUUCUGUGAUUGGUUGAUUAUGACAAUGACAAAAGAAUAAGCUAUAGAACGGAUUUUCUAAAGAACGAAGCAAAAACAAUAUUCCUUUUGUUUAUGUAAGCCAAUUACGUCUUUUGUCAUUGUCAUAGUCAACCAGUCACAGAACAUCUUCCUAGAGCUUCGUGUUUACUGCCUUUAGAAGACUUCCGCCCAUACUCAAUGAGUGGAGGUUCAAUCUGAGCUUCUCUCGAUUGUCAUUGCUGUUUUUGAAUAGCUGGAGGGUUAGUGUCGUACCUUACUAUGUGACUACUCACCCUCCAGCUAUUCAAAAACAGCAUUGACACUCAAGAAAAGCUCAGAUUGAACCUCCACUCAUUGAGUGUGAGUGAGCUUUUAGAAUACGGGCGUUCGAGUCGGCCAGGUUCAGCUGCGAGCUGCGUCCUUCGCAAUGGACCAUUUGCAUUAUAGACUAAAUUUUGAUCUAAACAAAAAUUUCAUCACAGCUUGAAAGAACAUCACACAAUUAGUAAUAUUCCAAAGUUUCGUUGCGAAAUGUUGUAAAAUGCGGAUAAUAUAGCCUUGUGAAGUUUGCCGUUUUUCAGUCAUUUUGUAUUACGCACGGGAAAUUGACAGCCCAAUCGGGUGUUGGGGCAUCAAUUUUCCGUUUGCAAUACAAAAUGACUGAAAAUUGCAAAUUUCGCAAGGCUAUAUUAUCCGCAUUUUACAACAUUUCGCAACGAAACUUUGGAAUAUUACUAAUUUUGUGAUUCUCUUUCAAGCUGUGAUGAAAUUCUUGUCUAGAUCAAAAUUUAGUCUAUAAUGCAAAUGGUCCAUUCAGCUUAGAUUUUAAGCUGCAAGUAAGCAUGUUAUCACACGGCCGAACUUACUUAAUUAUCAAUGCGUUUUAUGAUUUCUGUGAGCUUUGUGAUUUUCCAUCCAUAGUGUGAAAUGAAAUUUUAGGUAUUUUAGUCUAGAGGUUAACUAAAUUUGUGGAGUUAAGCUAAUUCCCUUGUUAACCCAUUUAGCUUAUCACUGGAUGGAAAUGAGCGUGAAAAUGCGAUUUCUUGGCCACAAAGGCAUUCCUGAGAUUAAACAACUAAACGAACGAAGUGCUGUUGAACUAGGGGCUGAAGCUCUAGGAGAAGCUAUUGUUCUCAGUAUUUGCAUGGCCCUCAUUUGUGUUGAGUUCCGUCGCGGCAAGCUCAAAGAAGCAAAGAAAGAGAAAGCACGAAUUGAUGAAAAGGUUGCAUUAAAACGUCAAGUUGAAGAGUUGGGAAUUAAAAUUGAUACAUUGUCAGCAGAAUUUAAAGGAAAUACAAACAAAUCUAGUUUACAAAAAUUAGCCAAUGUCGAACAAACGAAAUAAUUUUGACCAGGAAUGUAGGAAAUAGUGUGUUUUUUUAAAUUUAAUGCAUGCAUGCAUACAUGGAAUAUAUUAUGUAUUUGCAGUAAUAUCUCCCUAGAAAGAGAAAUUAAAUAUUUAUUUUUGUACAUGCACGAAUGUAUCCACAUUUGACAAUCAGUUUGCAUUUUAUGCAUCUCGUGCAAUCAAGCUUCAACUUGUAUUCAGCGUGCUGUUAAAAAGAUUGCAAAGUCUUUAAUAUCCAAUCGUGCUUAUGCAGAAACCUCACUAAUGUUUCCUAGUGUUUGCCCACUCUUGGAAACAUGGCGAAACAUUGGUAGGAAACAAUGUUUCCGCAACAAUGUUUCCUAGUUUGCCCAGGGCUUUAGUUCAAAAGCAAGAAUUGUUUGGCAACGUUUGAUAUGUCGAAUGAGCUGAAAUUUUUAUAUUUUUACAAAAAUAUUAAUGCGAUCUGCACAAAAUAUGUGAACUAUUAACAUAAAGUACUAGUAGUUACUCAAUCGCUCAUCAGCUUGAUGCUGUCAGCUUGAUGCUCUCAGCUUGAUGCUGUCAAAACAAGAUGAAUCGAGAAAAUGCCUGGACGAUAACAACGGGAUUUUUAAGCGGCAAUAGACAGAUUUAGAAAAGACGACGAGGCAUACGGUUAGCACUAUUUUCCAUCCAGCAAACUGACCUGACGUCAUUUUCGGAAGAUGGAAGAGGUGUUAAAUGGCUAUGUAACUAACCCAAACCCUACCCCUACUCUAACCCUAACCACAACCCUAACCCUAACCGAAAUAAUAAACAAAUCCAAAAAGAAAUUCGACUUUAGAAAAUCGGUAGGGCCAACACCGCGGAAAAACGUCUGCGCAUGCACCAAAUUAUGAAAAUAUGGCGGGGAAUUUGAACAUCAAUUUCUAAAACAAAAACAUGCCUAUUAAUUGGUCAAAAAUUAGUAAAACAAACGAGAAAAUAUAGCAAAUGGGUAGACUAGACAUUAAUUGAAAGCGUCCUGGCAUUUAAAGUAUGGAAUGAAAUAUAAUUCAUGUAAAAAAUUGUUGAUUUUAACGGACACGGCUUCGAAAAUUUUUGCAAAAUUAUUCAAAACAAAAAUUCAAACUAAAAAGUUAAGAAAACUCUCGAAAAGUUAAGCUUCUUAACCCACUCAAAUUGUAGAAUAAAUCCUAAAGUUUAAUUAUUGUGAACACGAAAAUUUUUUAUAUUUGGCG